CGACGGGACAAGACGAACACGGGGCAAGAUGGCGGCGGGUUCGGACGUGUCAAAACUUUGUGGGCUGGUUUUCCUGUCCUGUUUCCUACUUCUGCCGACAGUUUGUGUUUCACAGGAGGGUGACACAAAUAAUGGUACUGAAGUACUACAGCCGAACACAACAGCAACCAGUCCUGGAGAAGGUGGUGAGGAAGUUCUCACAACUAAAGUACCAACUCAGCCUCCAGUGGAACUGAACACGACAUCGUCCGCUGUAGAGGUUGACAGUAAAGCCCCCACACCCACACCCAAUGGUACGGCCGAAGCCACCACCGCACCUGGAGAGGUUCCUUCCCAGACCAAUGGAACCACCCCCGCACCUGGAGUGGUUCCUUCCGAGGCCAAUCCCAAUACCACAGUGGUACCAAGUAAAGGGCCUGAACCAUCAGUUACCACUAAACCAGCUACCACACCUGCAGUUACUCCGAAGGCCAACACUACAGUAGAGCCCCAACCUGUCGCCUCCACAGAGAGCAAGACGGAAAAAGCGUCCACACCACAGGAGACAACCAAGGCAAUAACAAAGCCUUCUACAACAACAGAGUAUGUCGCACCAACGAAGAAGGCUACACCGGUACCACCAACUACACCAGUACCGCCACCCAUAAGAACCGAACCACCAGAGAAGAUGACAACACAGACUGUACCACCAGUGCACACCACCAUCCAAGGGGCGACUAACAAUGUCACCAACACUACCCAAGGGGACUCCAACAAAGUACCACAAUACCAUGACAACCAGACGUUGGACCCCGCCCUUGCGUUCUUCGUUGCCGUGCUGGUUAUCCUGGUGGUCAUUGCUCUGGUCGCAACCAUCUGGUGGAAACAGCGACGUGCAAACUUCCAGACUAUCGGUGGAGACGUACCAAUGAGUUGGUUCUCAAAGUCUGGAAAGAGAGGGUUUGAGCGACUAGACGAUACCGAGCCUAUGUUGAAUGCCAUGCAAUUGCCCAAUCUAUUCAGAAAGAAGGACGACUUGGAAGAAUCUCACCUCAUCGCAAAUGCUCGUUAACAGGACACCUACCAGAACCACAACACAACUUGUGCCUUAAACGUUUACAAUUACAUCAGACCAGAAGCAGGGUGGUUCCAGUUUGAUGCAAUCCUAGUUAUGCAGUAGCUUUGGAGCUUAUAUAAGAAAACUUUUAAGUUUUCAUGAUUAACGUACAGCUGUAAUAUAUAACUGAUAUUUGGCAGAACAUACUUUUGGUUGUGGGUAUUUUGUUCCUAUUGACCGUUUGAAUUUUUACAGCUAUAGUUUUCUAGUUUUUGCACUACUUUCAAUCUUUUCUGUUGCCAAAUCAAUACCACAGAAACUUUUUUCAAAGGGAAAACUUAUUAUUUGACAGCAUCAUUAAGUGAAUUUUUCUGUACUUUCAGUAUCUAUUGUUUUCUGCAGUGUUAUAUUCCAGAGGGAGAUUUACUAUAGAAUUUGUACAAAAUCUUAGAAAACAACCAUCCAACUUAACUUUUAGACUUAUAACUAUUACAAAUGUACAGCUAUUUUCAAGUAGAGGUUUCAGAAGGGGGCCAAAAGACAUACAUGUAUGAAUGUAGAUUAAAAAUUGAUGUAUAUUUUCUUCUGGGCAACAGAUAAUAUAUAAUCUAUCUCUUCCUUGUAAGCUGCAGUAUAAAAUGUGCAUUUAAGUCUAUUUUGUGCUCUCAAGAUCAUGUAGUUUUCCAGCAAGUGUUCAACAAUGUUAAUAUGCAAUACAAAGAAGACUUGGUGUGAAAUUGUGGUGUCAUAUCAUGUAGUUUAGACAGAAGUUGUCAAGACUCUGGCAUGGCUAUAGAAACUGGAUUUCGUCUUCCAUCUACUUCAGUUAUUUUGUUUCUCAAGUAAUACCUCCUUAACUGUUUGAACUUGUACAAGUCACUAGAAUACAAGGGACCAGUUUUAUUCUGUCAUUGUAAUGUGGCAUUUGGGUUACUCCCACAAUGGUGCUCUUGCACAUGGUGAACAGAGCUGCACCAUCAUGUUCCUGUCCUGAGCCAUGUGCUCGGCUCAGUUAGGGUAAUGUUGUGCUUUUGGGGGUUGAUGAAUCAAAAAGGAAGUGUUCAAGAUGUGUCAAGUCUGUAACUUUGUGCUUGCCUGGGACAACAAAUUGUCUACUGUAUGUGUGCAACAGAGUACAGGGAAAAUAGGAAUCAUGCAACAAAUGUUUGUCUGAAUAGGUAGGGUAGAACUUGUGCAGAAAUCUUUUCUUGUCAAGAUAUCUUUAAUGUCUUGUCAUAAGUGCCUCAUGCUGCUAGAAGCUUUCUUUUCCAUUCCUUGGUGUAAACUGGUCUUUUAGCAAACGUAACCUCAGUUGUCUAUAAACAUAUCCUGUACUACUAGUAUUUGAAUUCAACUGAUACCAUUCCCUGGUAUGACUUUUUGUAGAUACUUCUCUUUACUUACCUUUUAACUGAAAAAUAGCAAAGUAAGAUUCAUAGCAUGAUCAAGCUGUUCAAAUUCUGGUAUGAGAGUGUAAGCUUCUUUCUCCGUAGGAUGUUCAUAGUGGGUCUAUAUUUGAAACCAGAGUAUUUUAGGAAAUUAAAACAGGUGGAAGACUCA